AUGACGCGGAUCACCAAGUUAUGCGCUCUUUUACUCUCCAGUACAGGUCUUCUGGCCGCUGCCCAGAACCAGACGGAAACUGGAUGGCCGCUUUACGAUGACGGUCUGACCACAGACAUCCAGUGGGAUCAUUACAGUUUCAAGGUCCAUGGUGAGAGGAUCUUUGUCUUCUCCGGUGAAUUCCAUUACUGGCGCAUCCCAGUACCUGGCCUAUGGAGGGAUAUCCUUGAGAAGAUCAAAGCUGCAGGCUUUACGACUUUUUCAAUCUACUCGAGCUGGGCGUGGCAUGCCCCGAAUAAUCACACGGUCGACUUCUCCACCGGUGCCCGCGACAUCACACCAAUCUUCGAACUCGCAAAGGAGCUUGGGAUGUAUAUUAUCGUUCGCCCGGGUCCCUACAUAAAUGCAGAAGCCAGUGCGGGUGGCUUUCCUCUGUGGCUGACGACUGGCGACUAUGGAACGUUGCGCAACAACGAUUCGCGAUACACGGAAGCAUGGAAGCCAUACUUCGAGAAAAUGACGGAGAUCACUAGUCGCUACCAGGUUACGAAUGGCCAAAAUACGUUCUGCUACCAGAUCGAGAACGAGUAUGGCGAUCAAUGGCUCAGUGAUCCCAGCGAAAGGGUUCCUAACGAGACAGCCAUCGCCUACAUGGAGCUUCUUGAAAGCAGCGCUCGCGAGAAUGGCAUUCUCGUACCGUUCACCGCAAAUGAUCCCAAUAUGAAUGCCAUGGCUUGGAGUCGCGAUUGGUCCAACGCUGGAGGCAAUGUCGAUGUUGUGGGCUUGGACUCCUAUCCUUCAUGCUGGACUUGCGAUGUCAGCCAGUGUACAUCCACCAAUGGCGAGUAUGUAGCCUACCAGGUUGUCGAAUACUAUGACUAUUUCCUCGACUUUUCGCCGACAAUGCCGUCGUUCAUGCCUGAGUUCCAGGGCGGCUCGUACAACCCCUGGGCUGGACCUGAAGGUGGCUGCGGCGACGAUACUGGAGUGGACUUUGUCAAUCUAUUCUACCGGUGGAACAUCGCCCAGAGAGUCACAGCCAUGAGUCUUUACAUGUUGUAUGGAGGAACGAAUUGGGGAGCGAUUGCUGCGCCUGUCACAGCCACUAGCUACGACUACUCCUCUCCUAUCUCCGAAGACCGAUCCAUCUCGUCCAAGUACUAUGAGACCAAGCUGCUUUCCUUGUUUACGCGCAGUGCACGAGAUCUGACAAUGACCGACCUCAUCGGUAACGGAACGCAAUACACCAACAACACUGCUGUCAAAGCAUACGAACUGCGGAACCCUACAACCAACGCUGGAUUCUACGUCACGCUUCACGAGGACUCAACUGUCGGCACAAACGAGGCGUUCAGCCUGCGCGUCAACACGUCAGCGGGCAACCUCAUCGUUCCCAGACUUGGAGGCUCAAUCCGUCUCGACGGCCAUCAAUCUAAGAUCAUCGUUACCGACUUCACCUUCGGGUCGGAGACCCUUCUGUAUUCUACUGCCGAAGUCCUCACUUACGCCGUCUUGGACAAGAAGCCCACCCUCGUCCUUUGGGUUCCGACAGGCGAGUCUGGAGAAUUCGCAGUGAAGGGCGCAAAAUCCGGGUCUGUUGUGUCAAAGUGUCAAGACUGCUCAGCGAUCAACUUCCACCAACAAGGAGGUAACCUUGUCGUCGGAUUUACUCAGGCCCAGGGAAUGAGUGUCGUUCAGAUCGACAACGACAUUCGGGUGAUCCUACUAGACAGGACCGCAGCAUACGAGUUCUGGGCCCCUGCUCUAACAGAGGACCCUCUUGUUCCGGAGGACGAAGCGGUUCUCAUCCAAGGCCCAUAUCUUGUUCGCUCCGCUAGUCUGGAGAAAUCAACUCUUGCAAUCAAGGGCGACUCCAUCAACGAAACAGCUGUGGAAAUCUUCGCGCCUAAGGAUGUCAAAACCGUCACAUGGAACGGCAAGCAACUAAAGACAUCCAAGUCCUCCUACGGUAGCCUCAAGGCCACUAUCGCUGCGCCUGUAUCUAUUCAACUGCCAGCUUUCACUUCCUGGAAAGUCAACGACAGCCUGCCGGAGCGACUUCCGACAUACGAUGCCUCCGGUCCGGCGUGGGUUGAUGCAAACCACAUGACAACCGCCAACCCCAGCAAACCCGCCACACUGCCCGUCCUCUACGCUGACGAAUACGGCUUCCACAACGGCGUCCGUCUCUGGCGCGGCUACUUCAACGGCAGCGCCAGCGGAGUCUUCCUGAACGUCCAAGGAGGCAGCGCAUUCGGUUUCUCCGCCUACCUAAACGGCCACUUCCUAGGCUCCUAUCUGGGCAACGCCUCCAUCGAACAAGCCAACCAAACCUUCGUCUUCCCAACCAACAUCACCCACCAAGCCACCCAAAACACCCUCCUAAUAAUCCACGACGACACCGGCCACGACGAAACCACCGGCGCCCUCAACCCACGCGGCAUUCUCGAAGCGCGCCUCCUCCCCUCCGACAACACCACGUCCCCCGAAUUCACCCACUGGCGCCUCGCCGGCACCGCCGGCGGCGAAUCCAACCUCGACCCGGUCCGCGGUGCCUGGAACGAAGACGGGCUCUACGCAGAGCGAGUCGGAUGGCAUCUGCCCGGGUUCGACGACAGCACAUGGCCCAGUGUAUCAUCAUCAAGUCUAUCCUUCACCGGCGCAACAGUAAAAUUCUUCCGCACCACCAUCCCCCUCAACAUCCCACGAGGCCUAGACGUCUCCAUCUCAUUCGUACUGGGCACACCUAACAACGCACCGAAUGCGUACCGCGCGCAGUUAUUCGUGAACGGAUACCAGUACGGACGGUUCAAUCCGUACAUUGGCAACCAGGUGGUGUUCCCGGUUCCCGUGGGGGUGUUGGAUUACAGUGGGGAGAAUACGAUUGGGGUGGCGGUGUGGGCGCAGACGGAGGAUGGGGCGGAAAUUACGGUCGAUUGGAAGGUGAAUUAUGUGGCGGAUAGUUCGUUGGAUGUGGCUGGGUUGGAGACUGAGGGGUUGAGACCGGGGUGGAGUGUGGAGAGGUUGAAGUUUGCUUGA